AAUGCAGCUGUUCCUGCUGACGAUAGACCUGACGUGCUCUCGGUGGUGCAGGCAGGCGACAUUAGUCAUCAUGAAUGUGCCGUGACAGACAAGGUCUCAGGGAUAUGGUACAUGAAGGCCACAGUGAAUGACCUGAACAGCACAGAGUGGAAGAGCCCUAAGGAAGAAUUCCCUUUUGUAGUGAGAGUCCUGGAGAAGGGAAACAUGGAGGUCAUGACUGUUUCCAUGUCUAAUGGUGAGUGCCUGCAGGUUGACGUCCUGUUGGAGAAAACAAAGAAGCCUGGCCAAUACAGUGCCUUUUGGGGCACAUAUCUCAUGUACAUCUAUGAGCUGCCAGUGAUGGACCACUACAUCUUCUACAGUGAAAGCCAGUUCUUUGAGCAGAAAGUCUAUGUGGGAGAGCUCAUAGGGAAGGAUCCCACAGAAAAUUACGAGGCCCUAGAGGAUUUCAAGAAAUUCGCAAAGCAGAAAGGCUUUCCACAAGAAAACAUCAUUGUGCCUGAGCAGAGAGAUAUGUGUUCCCCUAAAGAUCACUUUGCUGCCCCUCAGAACUGCAAACCCUGAGCCAACUCUGUACCAAUGCAUAGUAAUGCCUUUCCUGGAGUACCCGUCUUCCUGGACUGCAUGGCACUGAGACACAUCCUUCAAGACCAUCUCACUACCUGUUGGACCACACUCCUGCUAGGACCCUCUGUUUCACCCCAAACCCAAGUAAAGCCUUAAGCAGCCA